UGACCUGUGGGUGCCCCGAGGGAUUCCCACAGGAGGGGACCCUGCUCUGGAGUGCUCCUGCCUGGAGGGGGACUCCCUUCGGGGCAGGCUCCCUCCUCUUCGUCCUCCCCUCUCUGCCUCUGCUCCCAAGGGCCCCUCCUCUGUCCCACCUGCCCUGUGCUCUGUCCUCCUCCACUGGCUUCCUUGUUCUGCCUUCCUUGCCCUCCCAGCUUCCCCACCCUGUCAUCCUGGCUUGUCCUUUUUCCUUGUUUUGCCCUCCUGGCUUUGGGUUCAGGAUCCUUCUACUUGUUCACAUCUCUGAGCCUCCCCUGCCGUUGCAUCUCGCAGCCUCCUGGCCUGCCAGCUCUCCCCCACCAUCCCCUGCCCACGGUCUUCCCUGGGCCCCCUGCCUCCUGUCCCAGUACUCCCGGUUCUCCCGCCCUCAGGAGCCUCCUCCCUUGGGAGAAGUCCCGGCUCAGACUCCUCCUCUGCCCCUCCCCCUGCCCUGCUCACCUUUAAUUGAGAUGCUAAUGAGCCUCCUGUCGCUUCCAUCCUUGUCAGGCGGGCGGGCUCCUUGGCCAGGCCGCUGCACCUGUCAGGUGAGGGGGAGGAGAGGCUUAGCUGCCAGAUUCAACUGGAAAGGAACCGGUCCCAGUCCAGCCACUGCCUGGGAGUGGGGAGCGGGAGGCGGCCGGACCUCCUGGAGCCCUGCAGUCCCUGGGGCCAGGGCUGGAGGCUGGAGGAGAGGGCCCAGAGUGGCAGGGGAAAGGCAGGGGAGGAAGAGGAAGAGAGGCAGGAUCAGAGAGAGUCUGGCACAGGGGGAGGAGGCAGGCAAGGAAGAGGAGAGCCAAGAAAGAGACCCAGGGAGAAGGAGGAGGCAGACAGAGGGAGUCUGGGGCAGGAGCCGAGACCAAAGGAAGAGACUGCUGUGGAGACAGAAAGGGAGGUGCUGGGACGGAAACCAGGAGGUAGGUGGCCUUAUCAGGGAAGCAGAGGAGAGGCCACUCCAGGGAAGCCCAGCUCCCGGACUUGACUUCGGCAGGGCUCAUGAAGGGGGACAAGCUUGAGGGGCAAGACCCUUGCCCCCGCCAGCCCAUCCAAGGGCUCAUGAAGGGGGACAAGCUUGAGGAGCAGGGACCAGGCCCCGAACCCACGGCCCCCCAGCAGCCCACAGAGGAGGAGGAGGCCCUGAUCGAGUUCCACCGCUCCUACCGAGAGCUCUUCCAGUUCUUCUGCAACAACACUACCAUCCACGGUGCCAUCCGCCUGGUGUGCUCCCAGCACAACCGCAUGAAGACGGCCUUCUGGGCAGUGCUGUGGCUCUGCACCUUCGGCAUGAUGUACUGGCAGUUCGGCCUGCUUUUCGGGGAGUACUUCAGCUACCCCGUCAGCCUCAACAUCAACCUCAACUCGGACAAGCUCGUCUUCCCCGCCGUUACGGUCUGCACUCUCAACCCCUACAGGUAUACCGAAAUUAAAGCGGACCUGGAGGAGUUGGACCGCAUCACAGAGCAGACGCUCUUUGACCUGUACAAGUACAACUCCUCCAACACCGUCGUGGCCCGUCCCCGCGGCCGGCGCGACCUCCGGGACACUCUGCCGCACCCCUUGCAGCGUCUGCAGGCCCCGCCCCCGUCUCACGGCGCCCGCCGAGCACGUAGCGCGACCUCCGGCAUGCGGGACAACAACCCCCAAGUGGACUGGAAGGACUGGAAGAUCGGCUUCCAGCUGUGCAACCAGAACAAAACCGACUGCUUCUACCAGACCUACUCAUCAGGGGUGGAUGCGGUGAGGGAGUGGUACCGCUUCCACUACAUCAACAUUCUGUCCAGACUGUCGGACACCUUGCCACCCCUGGAGGAGGACCUGCUGGGCAACUUCAUCUUCGCCUGCCGCUUCAACCAGGUGUCCUGCAACGAGGCGAAUUACUCUCAUUUCCACCACCCGGUGUAUGGGAACUGUUACACUUUCAACGACAAGAACAACUCCAACCUCUGGAUGUCCUCCAUGCCUGGGAUCAACAACGGUCUGUCCCUGAUGCUGCGCACAGAGCAGAAUGACUUCAUUCCGCUGCUGUCCACGGUGACUGGGGCCAGGGUGAUGGUGCACGGGCAGGAUGAGCCUGCCUUUAUGGACGAUGGUGGCUUUAACUUCCGGCCUGGUGUGGAGACCUCCAUCAGCAUGAGGAAGGAAGCCUUGGACAGACUUGGGGGCAAUUAUGGUGACUGCACCGAGAACGGCAGUGACGUCCCUGUCAAGAACCUUUACCGUUCCAAGUACACGCAGCAGGUGUGCAUCCACUCCUGCUUCCAGGAGAGCAUGAUUGAGCAGUGUGGCUGCGCCUACAUCUUCUACCCACGGCCCCAGGAUGUGGAGUACUGCGACUACAGGAAGCACAAUUCCUGGGGCUACUGCUACUAUAAGCUUCAGGUUGACUUCGCCUCGGACCGCCUGGGCUGUUUUACCAAGUGUCGGAAGCCAUGCAGUGUGACCAGCUACGAGCUCUCUGCUGGUUACUCACGAUGGCCCUCGGUGACAUCCCAGGAGUGGGUCUUCCAGAUGCUAUCCCGACAGAACAAUUACACCAUCAACAACAAAAGAGAUGGAGUUGCCAAACUCAACAUCUUCUUCAAGGAGCUGAACUACAAAACCUAUUCUGAGUCUCCCUCUGUCACGAUGGUCACCCUCCUGUCCAACUUGGGCAGCCAGUGGAGCCUGUGGUUUGGCUCCUCGGUGCUGUCUGUGGUGGAAAUGGCCGAGCUCAUCUUUGACCUCCUGGGCAUCACAUUCCUCAUGCUGCUCCGGAGGUUCCGAAGCCGUUACUGGUCUCCAGGCCGAGGGGGCAGGGGUGCUCAGGAGGUGGCCUCCACUCCGCCAUCCUCCUUCCCCUCCCGCUUCUGCCCCCAGCCCACAUCCCCGUCCUUGUCCCAGCCCGGCCCUGCUCCCUUACCAGCCUUGGCAGCCCCUCCCCCUGCCUAUGCCACCCUGGGCCCCUGCCUAUCCCGAGCGGGCUCCGCAGGGCCCAGCUCCUCUGCCUGUCCUCUGGGGGAGUGCUGAGUACUCCCCCCACCAAGGCAGGUGCUCCCCCUGGAGGGUGGGGGCCCGCCUUGGCAGAAUUAAAAGAUGUUAGGGACUUCCUCUCGGAGCCACCAACUGCCUUUGGUGUGGCAGGGAAGCAGGAUGCGUAAGGGGCUCCGAAAGUUGCCCGGGGAAUAGUGGCCAAUGGAGCUGCCCAGAAUUUGCUUGGCUCCUGCCUGCACCCCUUGGUCCUGCCUCCGAACACUCUGGUUUCCCCACCCAAGUGCAGACGAGUCUCCUUUUCCCUUGGAUCAGCCAAGCCAAACUUGGAACUUUGACAAGGAACUUUCCCAGGAAGCGACCGAUGACCUGAGCAAAACACAAACAAGAAUACACAGAGGCAUGCGCAGGUUUCCUACCCAGUGAUGACUAAAGCCAGCCCCAGAUUGGUCUGGACACACUGCUUUCCAGUGACACAGAUGUCUGCUCCUCUUCUUGAACUUGGGUGGGGAACCCCACCCAAAAGCCCCCUUUGUUAGUUCUUGGGCAAUUCCCCUUCCUUUGGUCCCCUGCACCAGGGCUGGAGCAGACCAAUGUAGUAAAGGCUUGGCCAUUCCCAGUCGGUCCCAGGAUUCCUCUAGCCUCAUACCCCAUCCCCCUACAGAGCCAUACCCCAGCGCCUUUGCUCUGUGGUAUGUCUGCUCAAGCUAUUUCUUCAGCCUGGAAGCUUCCCCAACUAUCUGCUGGAGAACUCCUGUGCAUCCCUCAGAACCCUGCUCAGUCACCAUAACUUUUGUGAAGGCUUCUGCCCCAGAAUUAAUCACUCCCCUCACAUAGCACACUACAUAAUACGUAGGGGAGUGCUGAUGUUGCAUUAUACUUUCUUGUUCAUUUGUGUCUGCCUCCCCAGCUAGACUGUGAGCUCCUUGUGGUCAGGGCCUGAGUCUUGUUCAUUUAUGUAUGUUCCAGGUCUAGCCUAGCAUCUUGCUUGGAGCGAGUAGGCAGGUGUUCAAUAAAUGUUUGUUGCACAAAA